AAAAGACUAAGCGCCUUCAUAUUUAGAAAAUUGUGUCUGACGCAACAAUAUGGUGGCAAGUAUCAACAUUUCAAAGCCAGUUUAGAAAACCUUACAAAUUUGAGGCCAGAUGGAGAUGACUUUCGAUGGUAUUUCAAGCUAAAAUGCAUGAAUUGUGGAGAAGAGUCAGAUAAAUGGCAGUAUGUGGUGAUGGCGGAGAAGGUUCCAUUGAAAGGAAGUCGAGGUGAAGCUAAUCUAGUCAGUAAGUGCAAACUCUGUGGAAGAGAAAACUCUAUUGAAAUAAUAAAAGACUCAAUUAAAAGUUAUACUGCGGAUGACAGCAAUCAGUUUAAAACAGUUAUAAUUUUUGACUGUCGAGGUUUGGAACCUGUAGAUUUCUCUCCUCGGGGAGGGUUUAUUGCAGAAGGUGCAGAAAGUGGAACAAAAUUUCCAGAAGUUAGCCUACAGGAGAAAGAAUGGGCAGACUAUGAUGAAAAGUCCAAAGAAUCAGUUGGAGUUUAUGAAUUUACUCAUAAGUUUGUCAAGGUUUGAGAAAUAAAAGACAAAGUUGUAAAAAAAAAACUUUCUUAGGUUAAGCACACAUUACUAAGUGAUUUUGGUUUUUGCUUCAGCUGCUGUCAGUAUAUUAUGAAGGUAUGUAAGAGCUUUACAUAAAUGCCUCAAAAGUAAUUCAGUGCUCAAGAAAUAAAUUUUUAAUUGCUUCUUUUUUCUUUUUGCUUGAGUUUGUGUUUUUAAGAAAUUUCUUCUUUUCCGGAUUUUUAAAACAUAUGAACAUUAUGUUUGCAGUUUUUAAAUAUAUGAACACCCUUUAGUUCUUGAUCUUUUUAAACUUGUUCAAUACACCGUGAACUCUGUUCAGUAAAAUACAAUCUUGUGAUCUCUUGUGUGCAAUAUCAUUAUGAAUAAGGAAGAAGAUUAAAAACUGUAUAAUUCAGGUAGAAGAAGAAUAAAGUGCUGUUUUGUAAUA